AUGCGUCGCCAACUCCCUCCAUCACACUUGAAGGUUCCGCCUGGUCCGCAUGCUUUUCCGCAACGACAUUAUUUGGGAGAAAGUACCGUGAUUGUGAACCAUUACUCGGGUAUUGAGAAGUCGAUUCCGGCGAUUCCAUCACUUCCUGGAUUUCGCACAAGCGCUGCCUUCUUGACGUCCCUGAGCGCCAAUUUGAGAAUUGACCCCGAUCUACCGUCGCCGUUGGGUACUCCGACUACUUUUCGUCUAAAUAGCUUUUCGCUUCCACCGCUUCCGCCAACGCCGCUGUCUUUCUCCACACUCCCCGCGCCGCUAUCGUAUCCGUCGCCUGCGGAAACAAUCACCAUGUCGUCGACUGAAGCAACCGCACCGGCCAAGUCAAUCACCGAAGGGCUACCGCAGCUGUCAACGUACACUGCUGAAUCAGAAGAUGAUCGCGUGGAAGGACUACGUCUUGUCGCCGAUUCUGUGGCCCAACAACGCCAAGUCUCGAGCAAAGUUAUGAUGGUCCAUCCAGUUUCCCUCGCCGCAUACCUCGCUGUCGUUGCAAUUGCAGCGCAGUAUAUGCUACGAUGGUACAAUGAUGUGCUCAUGGUUGGCACGACAGUUGGCGGCAUCACCAUGACGUUUCUCAUCUUCAUCCGAUGGAUGACUGGCGGCUAUAUUGGCGUCGCGGAAGAUAUCAACAUGGAAUGGCUAGGAGAAGACAGGCUCAUCGUAGUCAAGUGGGGCGAGGAUAUCAUUGGUGCAUUGGUUCUGGGCUGGGCAGAUGAUGCUGCGAAGAAGCGGGGCAGGAGACGAAGGGGCAAGGCUGUUGUUAGGGCUUGGACGGUCAAGCUGAAGUACCGCGGGAAAGGCGUUGGUGAGGGCUUGUUGGAAGAGGCCGUCAAAGUUGCUGGAGAGAAGGGUGCAGACGGCAUUAUUUUUGACGGAGAUCAUGCCAAUUCCAAGCGGAUCCUCCCUCCCAUCUUCAACGGCUUCCUCGACAAGCAGGAAGCAAAAGCAGAGAAGACGCUCCGCAAAGUUGCUGACGAGAAGGGCAACUUUCGCCAGCGACAAGGCUCACCAACCUGGGGAAGCAGAUAG